AUGCCUCUUUACGAGUCUAUACUGAGGGAAAUAACUGCCAAACAAGCCCCGUUUUCUAUCCAAGUCCAACAAGCAUUCAAGUCACAGUAUCGAGGUAUUCCAGGUUCUCGUCAGCUAGUCAGUUUGAAGCUUGUUUCACCAGUACUGGAAGCACUCCGUGAGCAAAUAAUCUCGAGUUUGGAAGCAGAUGAUUAUGUACGCCAAUGCUUCAUAGCAAGGUUGCAACGCGUGAGUCUUCGGCCUAUUAUUACACCAAGAACAGACUGUGUCAGAAUCGCAAUUUGUGCUACAGGAAAUGCUGUUAAUAGAACUUUCCGAGGAGUUGACGCCGACUUCAAAACUGAGGCAAAAGAUCUCAUCGCAACAGGGUUUGGUAUCAAGCAACUCUAUAAUCGUUACAUUGAUGAAAGGGCUUCUCCUCAUCCGUUUCUGGACAUACCUUUCACUGGUAAACCACUUCGUUGA